UGCCCCCUUUGUUCUAUAAGAAAAAGUAUUCAGUUUGUAUGUGAAGUUCUGUUAUUUGAUAUGGAAAAUCAAGAUAAUCUUCUUACACUAUACAUCUAGUCCUUUUUGAAUGGAAUUGUGACAAAUAUUGUGUACUAUGUUUCUCUCUCAUGUUCAUGAAAUGGCAAUGGUCUCUGAUGUCCAGGAAGCUCAGAAGGAUAAUCUCAGGAGUUUCAAUGAUUAUAUGAUGAAAGUAUUAGAGCAACGUGGGUACCCUCCCGGGUCAGCUUGCAUUUGUGUCUUCUACUUCACAAGUCUCUUUUGGUAUGCCUAGCAUGGAGAUUGUUCCUCUGACUGGCAGACCUAUUGCGGAGAAAAAGGCAUCUGUCUAUGCUGAGGCUGCUCUUGGUGUUGGUGUUGGGAAUUUGCAAAGAAUCCGUGCCUUCCUUUGGAUUCGGUUGAGGGAUUAUGGUGUACUGGAUUUUGAUGCUGGCAAUGCUCGGCGGCUGCCUCUUGUUGAUACCACAUGGCAGCAGCUGGCAGAGUGGAUUAAUAAAGGAGGGAUGGUACCUGAAGAGAUUGCAGCUGCCGCAACAGAGGAAUGUGAAAGAAUGUUGAUUGUCAUUACCCAUUGACUUGUGAAAUCCAAGUACACAAAAAAUUCAAACAAAAGAUAUAGGAAAUAAUGUUUAAGUUCCAACUUUCAAGUGCAUAAAUUGUUGGUGGUUUCUUGUAUUUUAAGUUUCAACAAUCCUUCUUUCAAUUAUAUUAUUUUUUCAAAGAAAAAAAUAUAUUUAAUUAAAAAUUAUAAUCAACAAAGAGUGUAAUUAGGAACUAGUUUUAUUAUUAUUAUAUGGUAUUUACCUACAAAAGACCGUAGGUACAAGUAAAUUGACUUUUACCUACAGUUAGAGAUUAUAGGUAUAAAUUAGUAUCUUUUAUCUACACAUUUGAAAUUGUAGGUGUUACCUAUAGUGAUAGUCAAAUUUGAAUGUAGGGAAAAAUAUAUCCGUAGGUAAAGCCUAUAGUGACAGACUAUUAGUUGUCACUAUAUACCUCCUCAAAGUUGACGUCCAAAAUGUCUGUAGGACAAAAUCCUUUAUACAUCUACCUAUGGAUUUUGGACUUCUAGUGACAGAUUUUGUUUGUAGGUACAAGUCAUUUUUCUUGUAGUAUUGUUGACAACAACAAAAUUUGGGUUUAAUGAGGAAUUGAAUAUCAUGUUAAUUUUUUACCAGCAAGAUUCAAAAGAAGAAAAUUGCAAGUGUUUUGGAGGAAAAUUGAUGAAAAACUUGAAGAAAAAAGUUGAAUAUUGGGACAGCUCGCUUAGCACGCAAGAAGACCCAUGAAGAAACCCAAAGGCACGCCUAGUGUGAAUUCCGCACAAAGCGCAUGAUCACCGCCAUACACACUAAGCUCAAAAGGCCCACUUAGUGUGAUGUCGCAUGAAUUUUAAGCUACCGUAGACCUAUAAAAGGAGUAGGAAGCAAAGGAGAAACACACACGGAGACUCAGAACUCUCUAAUGAAUAAAUCCUGAGCCAGAGUAUCUCAAAUAGGGGAAACCCUCUUUCUAUGUCUAUUAUCUCCUUCUCUUCCUUUUUCUUUCCCUUCCCUUCUUCUAUCCACAACAGCUCCUAAAGUGUAAAUUAAAGCCUUUCAUGGUAAUGAGAGGCUAAACCCCCAUUGUUGGGAGCUUGACAGACCAACUCUAUAAUGUAAUUUUAUCUUAUUGUCUAUUUAAACCA